AUGGAAGGUGCAAUAAAAACUGGUUGGAUUGAGAAGAAGUCACAUUACCUCAAAAAAUGAAGAAAGCGGUGGCUUGUCCUCGACGAAAAUUAUUUACGAACUUAUAAGUUUCCUUACCAAUUCGAUAAAUCAACAGCAACAAUUCGAGUUUCUGCAAUAACUGAUGCAUCUCCCUACCUGAACGAGACUUCAAAAGAUUUUUGCUUCAAAAUUUCAACCCCGACACGUCAGUAUUUGAUUUCUGCGACAUCUGACGUUGAUAUGAUAGGCUGGCUUAAUUUAAUCAACCAUGCAAGAAAAAGCCCACAAGUGCCGAACUUUUCGUCUUUUAAUUGCUUGUAUGAGCGAAAAGCCCUGAGCGAGGUAUCACUAAUAUAGAAAAUUUUGCCUUAUUUUGCCUGCUUAUUAUUUAUUAUUUAAAUCUUAUUGAAAAUCAAGGAAAAAGGCUAUAUCAUCUUUUUCAAAAUUCAAAGAAAUUCUCAAUAAUCGGGAACAAGAAUUGAUAGACGUUCUAGAUGAAGCUUAUCAGUCAACAAUUGAAGAAGCGAAAAUAGAGAGUUGCCAUUUAGAUAAAAUUUUGCAAAAAGAAACAGAAAGCUACCAAGCUUUUCAAGGAAUUUUGUCUUCAAAUGACUCCAUUGUAAAUAAAAUAAGAGCAAUUCAAAAAAUUCCUGCUCAGAAUUUAAAUUUCAAAAAAUUCGACUACAUCGAAGGGGUGCCUUAUUUUUUUAAAAAAAUUAUUUUAAAAAUGCAAUAAAUAAUUAAAAUAAUUUUUAUGACCAAGGGGUUGAUAUCAAAGUAUCCGUCCACGAAGAAAACCUAAAAAAAGUGAUUUCUAGCAAUAUCGAAGUCUGUUGAGAAAACCCACAAGAAGUAAAAGUAAGAAGAACCACCAUAACCCGAGCAUUAAAAUGGAGGUACACUGGAGAAAGAAUGGACUCUUUAAGCUUCUCAGUAUCAGAAGACGUCAUGCUCACUGGAGUCGGAAUUUGUAUGCCUUAUAAGUUUGGAGGAUUAACCCAAGUUAAAGACUUCCAAGUACUAAAAGGGAACUCUUCAGCUUCUGCUGUUGCUUAUAAACACCCUCAUAAGUUUUCAAUGCAGUUUAGCCCUGAUGAGUCUGUGUUUAAAGUUUCUAUGGAAAGACCAGUAAAUCUUGUGAAGGGAAAUAAAUAUACCGUCAUGUUUUGUAUUGAAGGGUCACAUACAUUUAAAUGCGUAGAUUGCAUGCAAAUUGUGGUGGGGCCUGGAAAUGUUAAUUGGGAAUUCGAAAAUACGGUUUUUGCGCAGAAUCAUCAAAGUAAUAGAUGUGAUACAGUAUGUGGGCCAAUUGCUGAUUUUUAUUAUGUAUCAGCUGGAUAUAUGAAUAAUUAUUAAAAUAAAUAGCAUAAAGAUUUAUUUUACAGAAAAUUGUGCAUUUGCCAAAAAAUAUGAGAAAUAUUAAAAAUAAACAGAAUAGCUGGAAAUAGAAGAAAUAGCUAA